AUGUGUAAAAACAGCUCUCCUGCACCAGAACAGCCAUUGAGGUGCCCUGAUAACAGUGCAUUUAAACAACAGAAACUCCCUGCCUGGAAGCCCAGGCUCAAACCUGCGUUGGUCAUCCCCACCUUCUUUGGAAUUGGCUGCUUCUGCCUUGCUGUGGGAAUUGCUCUUCUACUGGCUGUAACAAGUGUGAAAGAAAUACAGGUUAACUAUUCAGAGAGAUGCUCAGAUUGUUCAAAACUACGUGAAAACUCUUCCAACUGGGAUAAAGAAUGCCUCUGCCUCACCAACUUCACACUUCUGGAAAAUAUGCCAGGCGAUAUCUUUAUGUAUUAUGGAUUGCAUAACUUUUAUCAGAACCACCGUCGAUAUGUUCAUUCCAGAAGCUACGCACAGUUAUUGGGCCGGGAUGUAAACGUAAGGACGUCUGAAAUUCAAAACAGCAACUGUGCGCCUUUCGCAGUUUACAAAAAUGGGACACCAAUGGCUCCAUGUGGUGCCAUUGCAAACAGCAUGUUCAACGAUACAAUAGACCUUUUUUACUAUCCUAAUUCUGCAACUGCUCUGCAAGUCCCGUUGCUGAGGCGAGGGAACACAUGGUGGACUGAUAAAAACGUGAAAUUCCAUAAUCCAGCAUCACACAAUUUAUCUUCUGCAUUUGCUGGGACAGCGAGACCCCCAUACUGGCACAAACCAGCCUAUUUACUAGAUCCGGAGGAUGAAGAAAACAAUGGCUAUACAAAUGAUGAUUUUAUUAUCUGGAUGCGAGUAGCAGCCUUCCCUUCAUUCAAAAACCUUUACUGCCGUCUCAGCCGCACCAAUGAGUUUGCAGAUGGGCUCCCUGCAGGAAAUUAUGGCUUACAUAUCUCUUAUAAUUUCCCAGUCACCAAUUUUGAUGGGAGAAAGCAUGUUGUCCUCUCAACAGUGACAUGGAGUGGAGGAAGAAACCUUUUUCUGGGAAUAGCUUACAUUGUUACUGGUGCAGUGACCCUAUUGGCAGGUUGUGUCAUUACAGCAAUUUACUUGAAAUACCGAAAAAAGACAACAGAAUCCCAAGAGCAAUGA